CGAAAAAAAUCCAGCAUUUUCCAUGUGCCAUGUUCGGGCAAGCUUCUCUUCUUCCCCUAAAAUUCGGGUCUGAUGCUCAAAAAAUUCAAAUAUUAAAAACCCUAAUUUCAGUGUAAAUGAACCCUUUCUCCUGUCAAUUUUAUACCUCCUAAAAAUGGUGGCCGUUGCUGAAUAUCAGGGGUUUUCUUCUCUGCAAACGCGAUCUAUCUCCCCCCUCAAACUCUAACCCUAAAAUCAUCUCUCAUUUGAGCCGUUCUAGUGAAAUCUAGCGUUUUUAUCUAUAAAUUCGAGCCAUUUCUCUGCAAAUCCUAGGACUGGAAUCGUCGUGCAUUGCAAUUGCUUAAAUUCAUGGUAUCUCAUCUGUAUCUCGGGCAUUUCCCUUGUAAACCUCAUCUGCAAAAUCAUUUCACAGCACGAGCUAUCGCAAACCAUAGUAGCAUUGUUUCAGCUGAAGUCUGGGGUUUUCCCUUGUAGCAUCUUUCCGUUUCUCUGCAAAAUCCUAAACCUAGUAUUAUCGAAUCAUCUCAUUUCCUUUGGUCUCUGCAAUGUCUCUGCAAACCUUAACCCUGGAAUCAUCUUCCUCUUAGGCGGAUCAGAACGCAGAUUUCAGCUUUAAAGAUGCUGGAGUGUUGCAUUGGAGCUCGGCGAAUGCGCCAGAUCCAGAGAGCUCUUCGUCAUGGCAAGGUAACUUUACUAUGUCUCUUUAUAACUGUUCUGGUUCUUCGGGGCACCAUUGGAGCUGGAAAGUUUGGAACACCUGAGCAAGACUUCAAUGAGAUUCGAAGCCAUCUUUCAUUUUCUAAGCGAUCUCAGCCUCACAGGGUUUUGGUUGAGGCCAAGCCUGAUUCAGAGAAGUUGCAGAGCCUCUUAAUUGACAAUGAACCAGAAGAGAUCCCUGAUCCAAACAAGCCCUAUUCUCUCGGACCCAAGAUCUCAGAUUGGGAUUCUCAGAGAGCUCAAUGGCUCGAAGAAAACCCAUCUUUUCCCAAUUUCAUUACACCCAACAAACCUAGGGUUCUACUUGUUACAGGGUCCGCCCCUAAAGCUUGCGAAAAUCCAGUAGGUGAUCAUUAUUUGUUGAAAUCGAUCAAGAACAAGAUUGAUUAUUGUAGGCUUCAUGGGAUCGAGAUAUUCUAUAACAUGGCUCUUCUUGAUGCUGAGAUGGCUGGUUUUUGGGCAAAACUUCCAUUGAUUCGAAAGCUUUUACUCACCCACCCAGAGGUUGAGUUCCUAUGGUGGAUGGAUAGUGAUGCCAUGUUCACUGAUAUGGCAUUCGAGGUGCCAUGGGAGAGGUACAAAGACCAUAAUUUGGUUAUGCAUGGAUGGAAUGAAAUGGUUUAUGAUCAAAAGAACUGGAUUGGUUUGAACACAGGGAGCUUCCUGUUAAGAAAUGGGCAAUGGGCGCUUGAUUUGCUUGAUGCUUGGGCACCGAUGGGGCCAAAGGGCAAGAUCAGAAUGGACGCUGGUAAACUUUUGACUCGAACCCUUCGAGGAAGGCCAGAAUUUGAAGCUGAUGACCAGUCGGCCAUGGUUUAUCUUCUGAUUACGCAGAGAGAGAAAUGGGGUGACAAGGUUUAUUUGGAGAGUGCUUAUUAUCUUCACGGGUAUUGGGGAAUUUUGGUUGAUAGGUAUGAGGAGAUGAUAGAGAAUUAUCAUCCAGGUUUGGGUGAUCAUCGAUGGCCUUUGGUUACCCACUUUGUGGGGUGCAAGCCUUGUGGGAAAUUUGGGGAUUACUCAGUUGAAAAGUGCCUGAAACAAAUGGACAGGGCCUUCAAUUUUGGGGAUAAUCAGAUCCUUCAAAUGUAUGGGUUUAUGCACAAGAGCCUUUCGAGCAGGGCAGUCAGGAGGAUUCGAAAUGAUACGAGUGAUCCUCUUGAGGUCAAAGAUGAGCUUGGUUUGCUCCAUCCUGAAUUCAAAUCGGUGAAGAUGGGAGGGAAGUUAUAGUGGCUCUGUGGGGGUGAACUAGCACGGGAAUGAUGAGCUUUGUACGAGUAAUAAGCUGCAGAGUUUAUCCUGUUAUGUAGUUGGAGGUGAUAAUUUAAAAUUCAAUUUAUAUUCCUUCAUGGUCUUCAGAUGUUCAUUUCAUGAUUGGAAUUGAACAUUACUGUGAUUGUGUGCCUGGACAUGUCUGCUGCAUUGUUUUUUUUGCUUUUAAUAUCCCCCAUAAGAAUGGUGUAAUUCAGUAAGCAUACCAAAGGAAUAUAUCAUAUGUCUGACAUUGGUCCUU